AUGCGGACGGUGGAUCUGCGCCUCUGCUGGCUCAUCCUGCUCGCUCAACUGAUACCGGUCGCAUCUGCGAUCUUGCGCAUCAACGGUGCCCAUGCGAGGGACGUGUUUGGACUAUGGCUGGCGCCCAUCCUACCCCAUUUGCCCGGCACUCGUGUCAUGUUCUGCAUAGAACUUCUGGCGCUCGCAGUGCUGUGGAUCAAGCUCGUACGACACGGAUGUGAUUGGCGCCCUCCUGCGUUGCCCGGCCGAGUGCUCACUCGCGCACAACUCCGACAUCCUACCGCCAACGUCUUUAUACGCGGUGUCUCUCAAAAGGGCGUGUUGCUACGCAUUCCCUUCAACGAGACAACCGGAUGGGUGCUACAGGAACUGCAAAGGCGGCAUUUGGUUCCCCGGCGAGCAGAAGGGACGCGUUUGGCGCUCUACAUGCUCCUUUUCCGCAGCGUCGGCGGUCCCCCGAUACCGCUACACCCCUUGCAACAACUCGAACUCGCGGGAAUGGAGGAUAAUUCAACAAUUGAAGUGCGCAUAUCCGUGCUCGGAGGCGCUCGCACAGCUGCCCGCAAAACACGCGAAAGUGAUCGCUACUUCUGCCCCGGCUGCCACGCAGGCUUCCGGCAAGCGGGGCAUCUCAAUACUCACCGAACGAUGACAACGAAGAACGCGUGCAAGCCGGAUUACGCCGCGGAUAAGCGACGUCUCGCGAAACUGGCGAAGGACUCAAACGCUGCGAACUCCGAGUCUGUGACGCCUAAUCCUGGCCCUUCGCUCGAUCCUCCCAUCACCGUGGCGCCGCCUGACGUCAGUGCUGCGCCUUCUAUGGAGGUAGACGACCCUCUCCCAGACGAUAUGGAAGUCGAUCAGGAGCCUGACGUCGACGCUACCGACGAUCUCGUGGUUCCACCAGCUGGUGAGGGAGAUGCCGUAGACGACGACGAUCCCUUGGGCUGGGGUGCAGAGGAUGAGGCGCUGGCACGCGCGAGAAAGCGGGGCUCGGGACGUGUAGAUGUGGAGGAGGAGGGGGAAGAGGAGGAGGAGGAGGAGGAGGAGGAGGAGGAAGAGGAGGAGGAGGAGGAUGGCCGCCCUCAUACAGACGGCGCGGACGGCGCCAAUGCAGACAUGGAUCUUUUGGACCAGAUGUUAGGUUAUCUAGGGUUGUCGGAUGUGAACAACGAUGCCGAUGACCCGCUACCGCCACCGGAGAAUAGUCCCCCGCCCGCGUCUCCCCGUCAAUCGCCGCCGCCAGAGGACGCUCAUACACCCCCGCCACGGGACGAUUCCUUGCCGCCCCCAGACCCUCAAGAUGAAGAAUUGGCGCCUGAUGAUGAUGCACCCGAAGGACAGCCACCGCCGCCACCUCCCCCGCCGAAACGACGUGUUGAGAUGUACGGUGGCAGGGCGGGAGAACCGAUCAAUCCGGGAGAUGGAGGCGAUCCGUAUUCGGACUACGAAUCAUUCAUCGUAGGCGACAACGCCCCCAACAACCCAUACCAUCCGUUUGCGGCCAAGUUGGACUGGGAUAUCGCUGCUUGGUCGAAGGCCCAUAAUAUCGGCGCUAACGCGUUGACGGCGCUGCUGAAGAUUGACACCCUGGUGGACCGCCUCAACCUUCAGUUCAAUUCCGCCAAAAAGCUCAACAAGAUCUUGGACGAGGAACUCCCGCCGCGCCCGGACUUUGUGCGGCACACCUACGAACUCGGAGGAGAGAAGCUUGAGAUGUACGCACGCGACUCCCUGGAGGUUCUCCGCGAUCUCUACGCUCGGCCGGACUUCGCGAGCAGCAUGGUUUACGCACCGGUCAAGCACUUCACGAUCGUCGACACAGCGACUGGGGAGACAGAAGAACGGGCAUACUCCGACAUGCAUACGGCAAGAUGGUGGUGGCGUAUUCAGAAUCAGAUCGAGAAAGAUAAACCUGGCGCAACCGUGGUCCCCCUGAUCAUCUCCUCGGACAAGACGCAGCUCACCCUUUUCCGCAAUCGGUCAUGCUAUCCCGUGUAUCUUACGAUCGGGAACAUACCGAAGGAGUUGCGGCGCAAGACAUCGCUUCAAGGCCAGCUUUUGAUCGGUUACCUCCCUGUCACGCGCCUCAGCGGGAUCAAGAGAGACGAUGUGCGACGGCGUGCGCAGGCCGGUCUCUUCCACGAUUGCCUACGGGACAUGCUCGCGCCGCUGCGCGCGGUCGCAAAGGAGGGUGUGGUGUUAGCUUCUGGCGAUGGCAUCAAGCGACGCUGUCACCCAGUUCUCGCAGCGUAUGUGGGCGACUAUCCCGAACAGAUCCUCGUCGCGGGCGUCAAAUACGGUACCUGUCCGAAGGGUACCAUCGAUCCAUCGCAAUUUGGCACCCAGGCGCACUGCGAGUUGAGGAACCUGGACACCAUCGCGGACGCGCUGUCGCUGGCAGAUGCUGAACCGGACGACGGCGAUCUCACGGCAUACGUGCAGGCUUGUCAGGACGCCGGCAUCAAACCGAUCCAGCCAUUCUGGAAGGACUACCCGUACACCGACAUCUACCUCGCGCUGCCCCCAGAUAUCUUGCACCAGCUGUACCAAGGCGUCGUAAAACACUUGAUAUCCUGGAUCAAGAAAGUCUACGGCGCCAAGGCAAUCGACGCGCGUUUCAAGUGUCUGCCGGCGAAUCACCAACUCCGCCAGUUCAACAAGGGCAUUUCGGGCAUGUCCCGCGUCUCGGGGACAGAGCAUCAAGAUAUAUGCCGCGUUUUGCUCGGCGUCAUCAUCGACCUACCGAUCCCUGGAGGAUACGUCAAGAAGCGCAUGUACAACACCGUUCGCGGCCUUCUCGACUUCGUCUACAUCGCGCAGCUUCCGGAAGCGACCGACUCCAGGCUUGACGCCUUGCGCGCCGCUCUCAAACGAUUCCAUAUCAACAAGGCCAUCUUCAAAGACACCGGAGCGCGCCAACAUUUCAACCUACCGAAGAUCCACGCGUUGUUCCACUACUUCGAAUCGGCCAGGCUCCUCGGGACCGCGGAUAACUUCAAUACGUCUUACUCCGAGCGUCUACACAUCGACUACGCGAAGAUGGCCUGGCGUGCUACAAACCGGAAGGACGAAUACCCGCAAAUGACGCUAUGGUUGCAGCGCCGGGAACAGAUUCGCGCCCAUCAAGCCUACGUCGAUUGGCAGAUGCAAGGGCGGCCGUCCAUCGAGAACAUGGCGCGCGCUCCACUUCCUCGCGCACCUAAGCUCAAAAGGACGAUCGCACGUUACCCGAAUGUCCCCUCGCUCUCCUUCGCCAAAGCCGAGCUCUUGUACGGCGCUGAAGACUUCGAGGCCAAGUUAAAAGAAUGGAUCAUCAAGACACUGAACCCGAAGUCGUCGGAUAAGCAAGUGGCGCGCGUUGCUGCCCGCUGGAUCACGCCAUUCCGCUCGGUCAGCGCAUAUCAUCGGAUGAAGUUCUGGCACGGUGACGCCCAGGAGCGCGAAGGGGAGUUGGUGCAGGAGAUACCCGACUCCAUCUCGGCACGCCCGGCAUAUCGCGACACGCAGCGGAGGAAAGUGACGGGGAGGUUCAAUACUGCGUUGAUUAACGAGUAUGGUGAGGGCAAGCAUAUGGGCUUAAAAGGAUACCGCGUGGGACAAGUGCGGCUGAUAUUCAGCCUGUCUGAGAAGGCACGGGAACGAGUUUUUGGCGCUCGGUCAGCAGAAGUCCCCACCCAUCUCGCGUAUAUCGAAUGGUUCUCCGCGUUCAAAUCCCGCCCCGACAAGGACAUCGACCUCUACCGCAUCAAACGCGAGAUCCUACAGCAAGAACGCCUCGUCUCCAUCCUCCCAAUCGAUCGCAUCCGUCGCAGCGUCUCCCUCUUCCCCCGUUUCGGUGCUUCUCUGAACCCGACGUGGAGCGCCGACAACGUAUUGGAAGUCUGUGGCGAGUUCUACCUUAACCCUUUCUCGGACAAGCAUGCCUACGUCACCCUCAUAUGA